AUGGCACCAGCACCGUCGUUCCAGCACUCCGCCGACGCCGCGCGGCGCUUGGCUCGCGCGCUCAUCUCCACGGCCAAGCCCGCACGCGUAUGGACGCCGGCACACGAACAAACACUUCGCGUGCAUCUUCUCGCGCUCCACUGCCCUCCUCUCUCACCUUGCUUCAUCUCCGCCAUCAUCGACCCCCAUCUCCUCUCCCAUGGCCCUGUCGCUGCCGGCCUCUUCCAUUGGGCCUCCCUUCAACCCGGCUUCUCCCAUUCUCCUCUCUCCUUUCACUCAGUUAUCAAGUCCCUGUCCCUCUCUCGCCACUCUCGCUCCCUCCUUCCCCUCCUCCGCCUUGCAAAAUCCCAGCUUGUACCUCUCCUCCCCGCUUCCUACCAUCUCGCCAUCUCUAUUCUCUUGAAUUCUAAUAAAGUUAUUGAAGCUUUUGAUCUCAUUGAUCGCGUUGAUGGUGUUCCUGAUGAGCUUUAUAACUCCGUUUUGUCUGGCCUCUCUGCAAAUGGGUCUCUGGAUCUCGCAAGGAAGUUGUUUGUUAAAAUGCUUGAGAGAAGAGUUCGGUUUAAUGACUCGGGUUUUGGAGUGUUUGUUAAGAGAAUGUGUAUCGAUGUGGGGUUGGGUGGAGUUCUGGGAUUUGUAGAUGAAGUUAGAAGACGAGAUUGUGUGAUUAAUGGGUCUGUUAUGGCGGCAUUGAUAGUUGAUGGAUUGUGUCGAGCAGGGAGGAUCGAAGAGGCUUGGCGGGCACUGGAGCAACUCAGGGAAAGGGAAUGGAAGCCGGAUUUCAUUGCGUACCGCAUCGUUUCAGAGGCAUUUAGAUUGGUGGGCAGGGUGGAGGAAGCUGGGAGGAUUUUGAAGCAAAAGAGGAAGUUUGGUGUUUCACCAAGAGCUAAAGAUUAUGGGGACUUUGUUCUUGUGUUGAUUUCGGAAAGGCGGAUUCAGGAGGCAAAGGAAAUGGGGGAAGCAAUUGUGACAGGGGAUUUUCCGAUCGAUGAUGAUGUGCUGAAUGCAUUGCUAAGGUCUGUUUCGGUUGUUGAUCCUGAUUCAGCAGUCUUGUUCUGCAAAUAUAUGAUAGAGAAGGAGCGGUUUCCUAGCACUACAUUGUUGAACAAUCUCAGUAAGAAUCUUUGCAAGAAUGAAAAAGUAGAUGAGAUGUUGGGUAUACUUGGAGAUCUUUCAGCUAAGAGCUAUUUUAGUGGGGUGGAACGCUAUAAUAUGAUGUUGUCUUUCUUGUGCAAAGUAGGUAAGGUGAGGGAGGCUUAUGAUGUGCUGAAGGAGAUGAAGAAGAAACAAUUCAGUCCUGAUGUUUGUUCGUAUAAUUUAUUGAUGGAAGCUUGUUGCCGUGAGGACCUCUUGCGCCCUGCUAAGAAGUUGUGGGAUGAGAUGUUUGCCAAUGGAUGUAGUCCAAAUUCACAGACUUACAGUAUUCUCAUUAGUAAAUUUUGUGAGAUAGGCAAUGUUGAAGAGGCCCGGCAUCUCUAUCAUCAUAUGUUGGCUAGAGAAAUCACUUUGGAUAAUACAAUCAUCGGAUCAAUCAUCAAAAUGUUGUCCCAAGAACAUCUGUUUGAUGAAGCUAUUGAUAUCUUCAAUAAGUUGAUAGAACAGGACAUUUCACUUGCUGGCUCUGUAUUGAGUAUCCUUGUCAUCUCGUUUUGCAAUCAGGGUAACUUUGAUGCAGUUUUGAGUGUUAUGCAUCGCCUACCAUUUGUGUUUGAAGACUCUGAUUCUCAUGUCAUAUUGCUAAAGAAUUUGACAGAUGCUGGAAAACUUAAGAUGGCUAUCGAGCACAUACAGUGGGUUAGAUGUAACUCACCGUUCAAGUUGGAAAAGAUAUGUGCCAAGCUUAUUGCAUCUCUUUCUACUUCCCCAAAUCCAGAUAUUGUAUUGCAGUUGCUUCAAGAAAUGCACGUGCGUGGCCUCAUUUCUCAUGGCACUUCAUUAACAAAUUUAAUCAAAGGUGAUGUACUUUCAGCCUCUUCCCAUACUUGAAGCUGGAAUUCAACUUAUAUUUACAACUACCAAUCAACAACGGGACCACAGAAGUGUAUUUUCCUUGGUUUCCCUUCACUAUUAUUUA